UUUGUUGUGGAUUUAUGAUUUGAUAAACGUUAAAAAUCGUGUCGAAAUUACAAAACUGGUAUUGUGUCAGCCGUUGUUACUAAAUUCGUUUCUAUUUAAUUCUAAAUUUCCUGGUAAAUAAACAAAUAAAUAACAAAAAAAUCAAAAAAACAAUGGGAAAACCGUCGAGCACUCGGUUAUCUGUUAGUCUGAUUUUCUCUUUUCAAUAGUUUUUAUUUACAUUUCAGCUACUUUAUACUUCUCUGCAAAGGAAACAACAGUCCCAAGAUUCUCUCAGUUCCAGUAUCACUAAAAGCAGCAAGUCCAAAAAGGACAAGAAAAUGGGGAGAAAACAUAAGAAAAGGUCUAAACAUAACAAGAUUCAUAAGGCCAAUGAAAAAUUAAGGGAACACAAAUCAAAACAAAACAAAAUUGAAAAGUUGAAAAAGGUUUUCAAUGAUCUCAGGAACCAAAGUAACCAAAAUAUUGAUUCCCCGUGUGAUAAUACUGUAAUAGUACUAGACGAUACUAUAAUAAAUGAAAAUUUGAGUAAAAAAAGAAAACUAUCGGAGUUAAAUAUUUUGGAGUCUGAUAAUAAGUGUAUAAAAUUAACAAAUGACAUUCCUGUAGUGAUUCCAGAUAAUGAUGUGCUUAUUGUAAGUACAACUCCUAGGAAAAACUUGAAUACUGCUCCAAAAGAUUGCUCAACUCCUUUAGCUAAAAGUACAGAGAGUAUUCCUCAAAAUAACAACACCGUUGAGGCAGAAAACUUUAACAGAGAUGUUGAUAAUUUAACAAAGGAAAUAAAUAGGGAUUCCUAUUUAACGAUUGAUUUAACAACAGAAUCCAACAUCACAAAAACGGAUUGUAAUACUGUCAUUGAUUUAGACAAUACAAAUGAUAAUCAUGAAUGUACAUUUGUCUCGGCAAGUAACUCUAGUUUGUCGAUCAGUGGGGAAUCUAAUGUCACCAUACUUCAAAAUCCUAAAAGAAAAAUGGCCGGAGGACAACGCAUGAGCAGCUUUGUUAAUCACAUUUCUAAACUGAACGCUUCCGAUAAAGGAAAAUUGUUGGAACUAAUAACUGAAAACAUUUUCAAUGGAUGUAAGGUGCCAAGAAAGAUUAAGAAAAAUAUCUCAAUGCUUAAGGGUCAAACUAAUCGCGCAACAGAAACAGUCGAGGAUACAUACAUAAAGGAGGUGAUCUUAGGUGAGAGGCAGUCUAGAAACAGCAUUGGAAGUAAUAUAUACAAUCCUGAAAAGGACGAGAGAAAGAAAUCGGGUUUACGAAUGAUCGUCGUAGACGGUAGCAAUGUCGCAAUGGAACAUGGAAAAGGCAGGGUGUUUUCAGUAAAAGGUCUGAAAAUCUGCAUUGAUUAUUUCCUGAGAAGAGGACACGUGGUCAAGGCGUUUGUGCCGCGGUUCAGGUGCAAGUUCGGCAAGAGCACCGAGCCACGAUUGUUGGACGAACUGGAGCGACGCGGGCUUGUGGUGUACACGCCGUCCCGAGAGAUACAGGGGCGGAUGGUGACUUCAUACGACGACAGGUACAUUGUUCAAUGUGCAGCGGAAUUCGACGGAGUUAUAGUGUCCGGAGACAACUACAGAGAUCUUCAUAGGGAGAAUCCAAGAUGGCGGUUCGUCAUAGAGAACCGAGUGUUGCCAUUCACGUGGGUCAACGAUAUGAUCAUGUUCCCUAGGGACCCUUUAGGAAGAAAUGGGCCUUCGCUAGAAACGCUGUUGAAACACCCCCCAGACACAAAGAACCCCAAACGCGCAAUAUAAGUGAAGAUUUAAAAAACAUAAUAAAGAGGAAUAUUGUGAGAUUUUUAAUUGUGUAAAAAGUGAUAUUAUUAAUGAUAGGGUAACUCAGUCGUGAUAUUAUAAAAUAUAUUGUCACCAUGUUGGAACGUGUUGCCAGUGGUGAUACUGUUUAAUUUUACUAAAAAGAUUUAAAGAGCGAAGUGAUCCUACCAUAGAUGUUUUAUGGGUUUUUAUUCGUCGAAGUUUGUGGUACAACUACCACAAAUUAAAGUUAAUUGAAUACAAUAAUAUUUAGUUGCAAAUGAACCGAUUUUAAACCAAAAUCUAUGUUGUUAAAACUGUAGCUUUUAACCAUUUUCUUUGGAUUCACGGUUUAAACACAUAUUUAGCUUUAAAAUCGCAUUUACAUAAACUGUCACCACAUGAGUAAAUAAGGCACAGAUACAAAGCUUUAUACAAUUGUGCGUGUAAAUGAGCACUGGCGCCCUGUCGCAUACGCAGAUAAACGUUUCUAUUGACAGACUACCAGUGCUCACCGCGCACUGAAUGAAGUUUUGCUUCUGCGCCUUCUUUAGCCAUGUGCACGAUUUCGGAUAAAUAUCCAAAAAAAAUUUUAAUAUUUUUUUCGAGAAGUGUCUCAAGGAGAAUUCAGUAAUUAUUUUGCAAUCAUGCAUC